CUUCAAUUCAGCUUUACAAUUAUUUCUUGCCUCGUUUACUUAUCUUCAAGCAAUUUCCUUCAUUUUCUGUUGCCAUAAUCCUCAUGCUGACCUUCUCGCGCAAACCUAGAAAGCCCAGAGCACGCAUGAAGACCGGCGGUACCUGGAAUGAUGAAGAGAAACAGCGCUUCUGGGAUCAGCGAACAAUGUACAGUCACAUGCCCUGGAAGGAAUUUCGCAAGCAGUUCUUCCCCCAUAGAAGCCAAAACGCCCUAGAGAAGGCCUAUUCCAUUAUGAGUAUACAGAGAAGACGCGAAGCCAACAUUUCAAACCCUGAUACCCCUCGGGAUCCUCCUCCAGCCCGCAUUGUAACGCUACGAACUAGAAGCAAUAAGCGUUCACUGCCCGACGAAAUGGCGCCUGGGAAUCGUCCAGAGAAGCAGACCCGAACAGCUGCGGUCCUUUCGUCGGGACAGGACCAAGUGGAAGAAACGGAUCAAAACAAUUUGACAGACGAGGAUACGUCUUCGGACUAUGAACAGGACUCCGACGAAGAGACACUUCAGGGGCCCAGUAUACCGUGUGAAAGAGAAUGUCUAGAUGGAAUCGAGACAAUCGUCAUCGAUGAUACGAACAAUGCUCCUGAAAGCCACCAAAACGGCGAAGAAGAUGCAGGGGUAGGCAGAUCUGACGCCCAAGGAGAUACUGAUAUGCCUGACUCUCGCCCUAACGGAAGUUCGGGCGUGUCUAGCAAUAAAACCCCUCCUGCAGGCCCCAUGCCUGGACGAACAAGCAUGACACCAAGUUCAAGAAGUGGAGAAAGUCAACAAGGCCACCAGAGAAGUACAAAAGAGGCGACUGAGCCUACUAGGCCUUCCCUCCCAUCGGACGUGCAAUAUCUCAAAAACCUCAUAUGGAGGUUCGAAACUACAUUUUUCAAAAACAAUGAUCAGGAGAAAGUUAUCGCCGCGCUGCAAUGUCAGAUUGAAGAUCUCAAAAGGAUCAAUUCAGAUAAGACCGCCAAGCUGGAGUCCGCACAAGAGGAGAGUAGGAGACAUACCCAGACCAUCAAAUCCCUUGAACAACGUGAGCAGAAGUAUAGAAAGGAGAUUUAUGAAUUGAAAAACAAGCUCGUACUUUCUGACCAGCGAGCUACAAUCUUCGAGCGCAAGGUAGCUGUGGCUCGAAGCAUGAACAAAUGUGAAACGUGUCUGAGGGUCGCCAAGAUCGUGAACGCGGACGCCGAUGAGUCUUCUAAGGGCCCACGAUCAUGAACGCACCCAGCUUGUAUGUUUCAAUAUAUAUUCGGAUUGUUUAUUUUCCUUUCCUUUCUCAUACCGCUGUGGGUCUCUAUCCAUGCAUGGUCUCACCUUUUACUUUAGCAUUCACCCGAACUUUUAGCAUUAGAUAUAUAGGUCUUAAUAUAUGAUAUUAC